AUGGCAGUCGUUGUAUCAAUCAACGGCGCCGGCAGUCUAGGGAAGACUGCUCAAAUUCACUUACUACCUUCCGACUGGCGAAUCCUUUGCCUGGGCGACAUACUCGAUGAUGACUUGGACCUCAAUGUGAAGCUGGCAGCUGCCGAUUGGUGGUGGAAGAGCUCUACAGACGAGUUCGUGACAGAGCUAUUCAAGGCUGUAAUAAGGAGGCAUUCGAGAGCCGCCGAUUCAAGCAGCCCCCAUCGCCUAGCUGUCCUCCAAUGCGGAGUAAAGAUGUUUGAAGCUGUCGCACUAGCAAUGAUUGCGAUCAAAGAGAACCACGAGGAUCUCGUAGUCGCCAAAACAACAUUCGACAUCAUCAUCUCUAAACUGGGGCUCACAAUACCAAGGGAACAUCACAUGAUUCUUAUCAAAUAUCACUCAGACCUCGAUGACGCAGUGGAGACGCCUCAUUCCGGGAAGAGCAACCCCAUAGGUCGAGAUCAUGAACGCUAUCAAGCGAUGCUCCGUCGAGCGCUCAGAAUGCAGGAAUUGGAAGGCCAAUACGAUUUGAUCUGCGUUGAGCCAGGCCGGCAUUCACAGCGUCAAACUCAGGAUGUCAUACGUGGCUACUUGAGCAGCUCAAAGAUUCUGCCGGAUCUACUGAAGCCGACCUUCGAGAGGAUCAAGACUAUCUACGCGAUAGCAGGACUCUCGGAGUGUGGCAAGAGCACAGUCGCUGACAUGAUCCAUAAGGCACAUGGCACGAGCGGAGCACGACUAAAGAUGUCAUACUUUCUUGAUGGAGCGAGCAAUGAGUUAGGACAUGACAUCUAUUCGCUGUCCGGAGAGCGACGAGCUGCAGCUUUACUAAAAGGGUUGGAUGCUUUUGGCCGCUACCAUUGGUACCUAUCGACACUCACAAUCGAGAGCGUCCAUCGGUACGAUUCAAUCGCACCUUUGAAAUCAUAUCUCGGAUCCCUCUUGCAGAUCAUCUACAUUGAGACAAACGAAGAGCUACGGUUGGAGAGAAGUGCCCGACCAAGGCUUCGAUUGGAACAGAAAGACGCCGUAAAGAGGGAGCGGGGUGCUGAGCGCGUUAAAGAGAUAGCUGAUGUUGUACUCGACAAUAAUGGACCGAAAGAAAGCUUGGAAGAUGCAUUGCGGGCUCUACUGCAAGGAAGAGAACAAUGUCUAGAUUGCUGA